AUGACUAAGGAUGUUAUUGCUGGUUUUCUUUAUGCUCUUCUCAUCUUGGUCGUCUUCCUUCCAACUGUGGAUCUAGUUGAUAAUUUCAACUUAACUUUCACAUAUGCACCACUAAUCAUUGUCAGUUUUCACCUGGCUUUGGGGGUGUUUUCCUUCACUCUAGAUACGUGGAGCACAUCCCGAGGAGAUACAGCUCAGAUCUUGGGCAGUGGUGCUGGAAUUGCCUGUGGCUCCUAUGUUACCUAUAAGCUGAAUCUAAUGCCAGAUCCUCCACAAGAAAUGCUUCCAUUAGUUCCCUCCCUCACAGUAAAUCUCUUUGGAAAGGCUGCUCUGCGAUUAUUGAUUGGAUUAGUUUUUCUGUUGCUGGUGAGAAUGAUCAUGAAGAAGGUCACCAUUCCACUGGCCUGUAAAGUCUUUGGUGUUUCUAGUGCAGAUGUUCGAGAAGCCCGACAACACAUGGGAGUUGAAUUGCCUUAUCGCUAUAUUACUUAUGGAACGGUGGGAUUCUCAGUGGCUUUCUUUGUUCCUUUCUUAUUUUGCCUAAUUGGACUGUCUCCAUGUUAGUGUUUUCUUCAUACGGAAACAGUGAUGGACAGUUGAUCUAUGCGAGAGAUGGUAUAGCUUUUGAGAAGUGCUAUGGUAUUGCCUCUGCAAAAAUUAUAUGCUGCAGGCAGUGAGCUCAAAUCUUUGAUACUGGUUAAAAAUCUUAUAGAUUCAGGUCCUUGUGAAAGGCCAUGUCUAGUCUUACCAUUGUAACAACAUUAUAAAUAACUAAUUGGUUUGUGUGUAUGCAUAAAUACGCUUCAGACUAUA